GCUCCCCGACUCUGUGUGACUCAGUGAGAUUGAGUGUUGAAUAGGUGAAUAUUCUGUUAGCUUAGCUCAGUUAGCUCACCCUAAUCCACACCAGCUUUUAAAACGGGACAAAUUUACUGUUCUUACAGCAAAAAUGUCCAAACAAGAGCAAGUAUUAAUCCUCGACCCUGCGUCUGAUCUGAAAUUUAAAGGCCCUUUCACAGAUGUGGUGACCACCAACCUCAAGCUCCUGAACCCAUCCGAUAAAAAAGUGUGCUUCAAAGUGAAGACAACUGCUCCACGGCGCUACUGUGUAAGACCCAACAGUGGCUCCAUUGAUCCUGGAUCUUCAAUCAUUAUCUCUGUAAUGCUGCAGCCUUUUGACUAUGACCCAAAUGAGAAAAGUAAACACAAAUUCAUGGUGCAGACCAUUUUUGCACCAUCCAACGUAACUGAUUUGGAAGCAGUGUGGAAAGAUGCAAAGCCAGAGGACCUUAUGGACUCGAAACUGAGAUGUGUUUUUGAACUGCCUUCGGAAAACGAUAAAAUGUUAGGCAUCAGCACCCAGGCAGCUGGGCUCAGCACCCCCUGGUUGCGGAAGUAUUCUGGCAGCUGGGUGGCCCCCACUCUUGGAGCAUACAGCAAACCUAUAGACAGCCGAAAUUUGACUGGCGAACAGAAAGUGGUUGAGUUUCUGAAUUUCAGGCCAGGCCAGAGAUCAGGAUGGAACAGUCAGAGUCAGAAUGAUGUUGAGCCGAUCAAAGCUGCCCCCACCCAUAGCGCCUCUAAAACAGAGAGUACAUCAGGAUCCAAGCCCAGCAGUGUGUCCCUGGAUGACACAGAAAUGAGAAAACUGUUGGAGGACUGCAAAAGGCUGCAAUCAGAGAUGAGCAAACUGGCAGAUGAAAACCGACAACUGAAGGAUGAGGGUGUGCGAAUGAGGAAGGCUCAACGAUCAGAAAACAUGGUCUCGAAUACAGCAGCCAUGAUGAGGAAGGAAACCAGUUCCAAAUCACUUCCCUCACUGCUUGUUGUUAUUGCAGCCAUCUUCAUUGGAUUCUUCUUGGGAAAGUUUGUGUUGUAGAAUAAACAUGUCUAUUUAGCCCAGCUCCUUCCAGUCUGUCCUGGGCUCGGGGGCGAAGCGUGUGUUCUUGUCGUUCAGCGUCGCAUCAGUGCUAGUGUGGCCUAAGGCGGCGGGGAAAAAGCGUUUGUGUACAGAAUCAUUCAAACAGGCCUUGCCUUUUUGCAAUCUCACAUGGUUAGUACACAUACACACUCAGAAAAGAGAAGAACAAAAAAGUCUCUUCCUUUUUUCCCCCAUCUUCUGUUCUUUUGUUGUGGUGAGGGGUGGGGUUUUUUUUUUCCUCCUUCCAAAAUUGAGAUGAGCCUGUACAUUCAUCAUUGUCAAUUGCAGUCAAAUUGCCGGCACUGUGUAGAGACCUUAAUGAAAAUUAAAAAAAAAGAAAUCUAUAAUGAAUAAAUAAAAAGAAUUGUUCUCUCUUUC